AUGUCUUUCCUUCAUAAUCAUUCUUGCGAGUGCGUUAAGUCAGAAUUGGAUUUGUUUGCACUACCGUCUACACAAACUAGCAUUGAAAAUGGAUUGUGGAUUCAUUAUAAACCAAUUUCAUCUCUUGGUGAUGAUGGACCUAUCGAGUUUCAAGUUCCUGGGACCGGCGAUGACUACAUAGAUUUGUCUCAUACAUUACUCCACAUAAAGGCAAAAGUAUUAAAUCAAGAUUCAACUAACUUGGUAUCUACUACAAUAGUAGCACCUGUAAAUAAUUGGCUGCAUUCACUUUUUAGUCAACUUGAUGUUUAUUUAAACCAAAAACUUGUAUCACCACCUAAUAAUACCUAUGCAUAUCGAGCAUACAUGGAAACCCUUUUAAACUAUGCCCCUGCUGCUAAACAAUCUCAUCUUACUUGUAGCCUUUGGUAUGAGGAUACAGCAGGAAAAAUGGAUUCUACAGAUGGUAAAAACAUAGGAUUUGUUAAAAGACAGGAAUUGAUUAGUGAAAGUAAGGAAAUAGAAAUGAUUGGUCAUCUUCACGGUGACAUUUUUAACCAAGAUAAAUUUUUAAUUAAUGGUGUUGAAAUGAGUGUUAAAUUGGUUCGAUCAAGAGAGAGUUUUAAUUUAAUUGUUGGGUCGAACGAUGUAAAGUUUAAAGUUUGCAUUACGGACGCAACUCUUAUUGUGCGACGAGCACGAAUUAAUCCAAGUGUAUUACUCGCACAUCAAAAAGUCUUAGCUUCUACCACUGCUAAAUAUCCUAUUACUCGAGCUGAAGUAAAAGUUUUAACAAUUCCUUCAGGUGUUCAAGGAAAAACUCUUGAUAAUAUAUUUUUAGGACAGGUACCGAAAAGAUGUAUAAUUGGAUUUGUGAACAAUUCUGCAUUUAAUGGUUCCCUUACUAAAAAUCCAUUUAACUUUGAAAACUAUGGUAUUAAUUCUUUCAGCUUAUAUAUUGAUGGUCAACAAAUACCUUCAAAAGCUUUGCAACCAUCUUUUAAUAAUAGCAUAUUUACAUCAGCAUAUCAUACUCUAUUCUCGGGAACUGGUAUUCACUUUCUUAAUGAAGGAAAUGGAAUCUCUUGUGAACAGUAUGGCAAAGGUUACUGUCUAUUAGCAUUUGACUUAACUCCUGAUUUAUCAGCUAACUCAUCAACUCAUUGGAAUCUCAUAAAGCAUGGUAGUGUAAGAAUAGAAGUACGAUUUGAAUCCUCAUUAAUACAAACAAUUAACUGUAUAGUUUAUGCUGAGUUUGAUAAUAUUAUUGAGAUAGAUAAAAACAGAAAUGUUACUGUAGACUAUAGUAGUUAA